AUGGAAUGCCACGCUCCCCUUGUCUUGGCUGAAGGCAUUUGGCUGCUGUAUAUUGAGGCUGACCCCCAGGUCGUGUGGGUUUACGUCUGGAGUUGGAUGCAACGUGUUUCUGGACGUGAAUGGGUGUUGACAAUCAUUUAUUGUCUGUUCUUCAUCAGAGUACACGUGCCCGAUGCUGCUGCGCGGCACGUGGACCAAGGGCUCGAGCGCGAGCGCCACGGCCAGCGGCCCGGGCGGCACGGCGACCCGCGGCGUGGCGGCGGGCGAGGCGGCGGGCAAGGUGGGCGAGGAAGGCGGCGGCGGCGGGGCGGCGGCACCACUCACACGGGCUGGAGCAUGAAGCUGUGGCGGCGGGGGUCCUCGCAGGAGCGCCCUCUGCGGCCGGCGUCGUCGCAGGGCUCCGAGAACUCCUACACGGAGGAGCCCUACGUCAACGCCGACGCCCAGAGCGCCGUCUACGCCGAGCUCAACUCGACGUCGGGCUCGACGCCGGCCGGCAGCGCGGCCAGCGGCGUGUCGUACCACCCGUACUCGCUGAACACCUACUCCGAGAUUCCCGACCCGCUGCGCCCGCUCUCGCUCGCGGGCGGCCUGCGGGCGUACAUCAGCGAGGGCACGUACGAGAACGCGGGCUACGUGCUGUCGGAGGCGGGGCUGGAGCAGCCCGAGAGCUCCGUGGGCUCCACCUCCACGCCCUCGUCCGCCUACUACUCGGACGUGUCGUCGUCGGACACGCAGAACAACAAGAAGAAAAAGAAGAAGAGGAAGAACGAGGAGCUGAACAACCUGAACCUGCAGCGCUCGCUCAUGCCGGCCAACAUCUCGGCGAGCGUCAGCAUGAUCAGCAACCACAUCCUGGGCGGCGAGCGGCACGGGCCCCAGGCGCUGGCCGGCCCGAGCGCCUGGGCCCCUGCGCGACGCGGGGCUCACCGCGGGCCCUGGCGCUGCACCCCAGCCUCCACAACCGCGAGCUCCUCCCGCUCGCCCUCGAGCUCCUGCCCCAGCACGUCGCCCUCGACAACAGAGGCGUGGAGGGCGUGCUGCCGCCGCUGCAGCCCAACAUGAACGUCAUCCAGACGGCCAGCCAGGUGCAGACGCUGCCCGGCAACCUCAAAAAUAUCAACGAGGCCCGAGCAGCGCUGGGCGCCCCGCAGGCCUUGGGCGUCGGGACGGUCAACGCCAACGCGAGCCCGGGCGCCCCCGCGGGCCUCAA